AUGGAGUUCGCUAUUGAUUAUUCAUAUUCCCCUGACUAUGACAUUGAUAAAGAAGAAAAAAAUGUGUUUUCUUUCAAAAUACCUGUAGACUGCUUUAUUUGGUGGGGAACAAUGGGGAUAUCAUGGGAAGGUGAAAAUACACAGCUGUAUUUAGUGGUGGUCACAAAAUGCGUCAAAGUCUGCAGCAUCCAGAGUACGGCCAUAUACAAAAUUCAAGAUAUAGAUAUUAUUUCAUUGCAUGCAAUGCGACCACAAAAUUAUAAGUCACAGGAGGAAGAGCCAUGGAUAAAAGAAACAAAAAAACUUUUAGGGAACGAAAGCUUCUACUUCAGCAUCAGUAGUGGAACUGGAGAAGCUAUGGACCUCACUUUGUGUGCUCAGCGUCGUUCAAAAACUAGCCGAACUGAUAACAGAUUUUUUUGGAACCGUAUGUUGCACUUGCAUCUAAAAAGAUUUGGAGUGGAUUGUCAACAGUGGCUGAUAAAGAUUAUGUGCGGGAGCAUUGAAUUUUCUUCCAUGUAUAUGAAUAAUCACACACCAAAAGUACUCAUCAUAUCAAGACUUAGCUGUGAAAGAGCUGGAACAAGAUUUAUGGUUCGUGGAGUUAAUGAUGGCGGCCACGUAGCAAACUUCGUUGAGACUGAGCAGUUUAUCUACAUUGAUUCAAUGGAUGAUUUGAUUCUCUCAUAUGUCCAGACCCGUGGUACAGUUCCUCUCUUCUGGGAACAACCAGGACUAAAUGUUGGUUCUCACAAAGUAAAAAUGUCCAGGGAACCAGAAGUGUCUGUUCAAGCAUUCCAAAAGCACAUGCGUUUCUUGAGGGAGCGUUACGGUCAGCAAGUUGUGAUCAACCUUCUGGGAACUGGAGUAACUGGACGCAGCCAGGGAGAAGCGGCACUUUCUCACGUCUUUCAGAUUCAGCAUCUUAACUGCCCUUGGAGUAAAGACUCUCCGCAUGUAGUAUUUGAUUUCCAUCAAGAGUGUAAAGGUGGUGGGCCAGAGGUUUUGGAAAAAAAACUCAAACCAAGAAUAAAAGAGCAGAUUGAGGGAUAUGGUUAUUUUUGCUCAAGAGGUAACAAAGUUCAGUCGGUGAAUGCAACAGGGACGAUACGAACAAACUGCUUAGAUUGCCUUGACAGAACUAAUCGUGUACAGUCAUACCUUGGUUUAGACAUCCUCCAGAAGAUGCUAGAGUAUUUAGGUGUCAAUAAUGGAGUGAUUGUCCAGCGCUUCAAUACAAAGAUGGAAGAGAUGUGGAAAGACAAUGGUAACAGAAUCAGUCAGAUAUAUGCUGGAACAGGAGCUCUCCAGGGAUCAAAGCUUAUUGAUGGAGCACGUUCUGCAGCCAGAACUAUCCAGAACAAUUUGUUAGACAGCAGUAAACAGGAAUCCAUAGACAUUCUGUUACAUGGGAACCUAUUAUUGAAUUAUCUAGCAUCACUCUCAAGAUCAUUACUUCCACUAGCUACUCUAUGGGUCAUAGUUUAACAUUUUCCAGCUCCCAUAAAUGUACUUCGUCAUGUGUGUCAGAGGAGCGAGGAAUAUACUGCAUCCAUACCUCUGCGCGUUGCUGUCGGAACAUACAAUGUUAAUGGAGGGAAACACUUCCGAAGUCUUGCGUAUAAGCAUCUCUCUUUGGAUGACUGGUUGCUGGAUUCAAAGAGAAAUGCUGUCCAGAGCUCUUUAGUGGAUACAACUCCUGAAGAGGAAGAUAGAGACAUUCGUCCGCCUGACGUCUUUGCAAUUGGGUUUGAGGAGAUUGUGGAUUUGAAUGCUACAAACAUUGUCCAGAAUACUCAGUGGUCAGAGAAUGCAGCUUCUUGGGGAAAGGAACUACAAAAGGUCAUCUCCAGAGAUGAGAAAUUUGUAAUGGUUACUUGGUCACAACUGGUAGGAGUAGCGUUAUUUGUGUACAUAAAUGAAAAACAUGCUAAUCAUAUUCGAGGAGUAUCUGUAGAGAGUGUAAAAACAGGCAUGCAAGGAGCUACAGGAAACAAAGGUGGAGUUGGCAUCAGAUUAGUUGUCCGCAAUACGUCGAUGGCUUUUGUUUGCUCACAUUUUGCUGCUGGUCAGAAAGUAAAUGAAAGAAAUAAUGACUAUGAUAGUAUUGCAAGAAAGCUUAUAUUUCCCCUUGGUGUUCCUCUUUGGGCUCAUGACUAUGUCUUCUGGUGUGGAGAUUUUAACUAUAGAAUAAACCUUACACGUGAAGAAGUCUUAGAUUAUGUACAAAGAAGAGAAUGGAAUGUGUUGCUUCAAUAUGACCAACUAAAGAUAAGCCAUGGUGAAGGAAAAUGUUUCAAAGGAUUCUUGGAAGGAGAUCUUACAUUUGCACCAACAUACAAAUAUGACCUGUUCAUCUAUAAUUACGACACAAGUGAAAAGUCGCGUAUACCGGCAUGGACAGACAGAGUGUUGUUCUGGAGACGACAGUAUGCAAAAGACAAGGAUAAUCCAAAAUGGUCCCCUGGUAAAAUAAUUCAUUAUGGUAGAGCCGAAUUGAAACAGAGUGACCAUCGUCCAGUGUUAGCAGUGAUUGAUGUAGAGGGAUGCACAGUUCUUGACAGCAAACUUACAAGUACAUAUGAGUCUGUAGUGGCAUCAUUAGGACCAUCUGAUUGCACUGUAGUUGUUCAGCCGCCAGAAAAGGAGGUACAAAAUCUACCUGCUGGAGCUGAUACGGAUGAAGUGUUUGAUGAUGAGACUUUGGAGGCAGUUCAAGAAGCAAUGGGCACAGUGGGCUCUGUCGUUUUGGUUCGCUUUGUUGACAAUAAAGUGUGGUUUACUUUUAGUGACUCUCAGACAGCUUUAAAGGCAGUGGCACGGAGCCCAUUAAAGAUUGGGAAACAUGAGCUUGCAGUGAAGCUAAAGACAGAAGCCUGGAGAGAACAGUUAGAAGAAGAACUGGCACUGUGUGGGGAUACAACUGUACCCCUUACUGAUGAAGUCUUGAAUAUUAAUGAGAGUGAGGAAUCAUUUAGCAUUAGAAACAUUGCAGGUGCUCUCGAGAAAUUAUACCAGUCAGAAUCUGGACACGAGGAUGAUGGAGUUGAAGAAGUUAUAGAACAGCAGCGUGCCCCAGCUCAACCAACAAGACCCCCGCCUCCACGCCCUACUCCAUCCAGACCACCUCCUCCACGUCCUACUCCCCCAGGGUCUCCAGCUACUGCCCGAACUCAACCGCAGAGACCAAAG